AUGCCCUCACCAACCUUCCAGCUCUGGGAAUUCACCCUCCUAAACAGCUGCGACAUGCACUACCUCGUCCUCCUCCAACUCACAAACAAUGACACCUCCCUCGCCAACUUGAAGCGAAACCUUUACAACGCAAUCUCCUCCGACGAAAUCAUUAUUCAUCCGCGUGUAUACACGCAACAAGACGUCAUCAACAUUCAGACAUCUGCAAUUGAUUUACUAAGACGCUUCGAAAGCACAAACGACUGUGUGGAUCUCAUCGUUGCGAGCGGGACGCUGGAUGUGAAGAUUGCGGAACACGAGUCGCGAAGUGAAGAGGAGGAGUGGUUUGAGAGCGUGUUUGAGAGCUGUAAGUUUCCGAAGUGGGAGAAUCUCGGUGGGAGAGUGGUUAGUUUGUUUGAGGAGGAGUAUCGGCCUGAGGAGCUGGAAGGGUUGGUAGGAUCUGUUGGGGGAGAGGAUGUUGAUGGGGAGAGGAGCUGAGACGUGGAAGCGGUGUCCUUUCUUUUGUCUUGCUUGGGGGUCACGCAAAGUAAAUUAUGCUCUGUAGUGUUGAAUCAAAGUAAUAUUUCGAUUUUGU